AUGAUGGCCCACUGUGCCGGGUGCGAGCGGCCCAUCCUGGACCGGUUCCUGCUCAACGUGCUGGACCGCGCGUGGCACGCGAAGUGCGUCCAGUGUUGCGACUGCAGCCUCAACCUCACGGAGAAGUGCUUCUCUAGGGACGGGAAGCUCUAUUGCAAAAUGGACUUUUUCCGACGCUUUGGGACGAAAUGCGCGGGAUGCCUUCAAGGGAUCUCUCCCAACGACCUAGUGCGCAAGGCGCGGAACAAGGUGUUCCACCUCAACUGCUUCACGUGCAUGGUCUGCAACAAACAGCUGUCCACGGGCGAGGAGCUCUACGUCAUAGACGAAAACAAGUUCGUGUGCAAAGAAGAUUAUCUGAGCUCCGGAACGAUCAAGGAAGUCAGCUUGAAUUCAGUAUCGUCAUGUACGGACAGAAGUUUAUCGCCGGAUCUGCAGGAUCCGAUACACGACGACAUAAAGGAGACAGACAAUUCCACGUCAUCCGAUAAGGAAACGAACAAUAACGAGAACGAGGAGCAGAACUCGGGGGGCACGAAGCGGCGCGGGCCGCGGACCACCAUCAAGGCCAAGCAGCUCGAGACGCUCAAGGCCGCGUUCGUCGCGACGCCAAAACCCACGCGUCACAUCCGGGAGCAGCUGGCCCAGGAGACGGGAUUAAAUAUGCGCGUUAUCCAGGUAUGGUUCCAGAACCGGAGGUCCAAAGAACGACGCAUGAAGCAGUUGAGUGCUCUUGGGGCCAGGCGACACGCCUUCUACAGGGGGCCCCGUAGGAUGCGGCCCCUGGGGGGCCGGCUGGAGGAUGCUGACAUCCUGGGGCCCGGGGCCUACGGCUACUAUGGAGAGUACCAGGGCGACUACUAUGGCCCAGGGAGCACCUAUGACUUCUUCCCCCACGGACCCCCCUCCUCUCAGGCUCACUCCCCCGCCGAGUCCCCCUACAUCCUGGGCUCGGGCCCCGGGGGCCUGGAGGGCUCCGGUCCGGGCCACCACCCGUCAGACGACCAGCGCUUCACGGACAUGAUCUCCCACGCGGAGACACCCAGUCCGGACCCGGGUCUGCCCGGGUCCCUGCAGACGGUCCCGGGGGAGGCGUAUGGGGGAGGACCCAGCCCCCCAUUCUCCCUGGCCAGCAACUCCAGCUACAGCGCCCCCAUGUCCCACCAGGGGGGGGAGAUGGGGGAGACGGCGGCCUGGUAGA